AUGACGGUAAAACAAAGGCAAUAUCGCUAUUGUUCUAAUUGCUUUGCCCGCACACAUCUAGUCGGAGAAUGUAUUUCAAUGAAGGCCUGCAAGGAGUGUGGAGAUUUGUAUCACACCAUGUUGCAUCCUGAGCGGUCCCAACGGCGUUGUCAAAAACCUCAGCAACGACAACGUCUCCAACAACAACCAACAAUAACGCAACGUCGUCGACCACAAACUCGCCAGCAGAUGCAAUCUUCACGUCGCAGUCAGCAACAACCUCAACGUCGCCGUCAGCUGGUACAACGUGUCGUCGUCAACGUGUUGCAGUCACCCAAAAUGCCCAGUAAUUGGUACAACAGAUUGUUGCAGCUGUGGUCCAAUUGUUCCAAUUGGAAAUUUGUUUAA